GUGAUACAGCUGGUUCUUGUGGUGAUCCAGGUAUCCCAGGUCAUGGGUCUAGAGAAGAAAACAAUUUUAAAAUUAAAAGCACGGUACAUUUCAGCUGUGAUAUUGGAUAUAUACUACAUGGCUCAGAAGAAAGAACAUGUAUGGCAAAUGGAAGUUGGACAGGAAGACAACCUGAGUGCAAAGCUGUGCAGUGUGGUAAUCCAGGAACAACUGCUAAUGGAAAAGUAUUUCGUAUUGAUGGAACUACAUUCUCUAAUUCAGUAAUUUAUUCAUGUAUGGAAGGAUACAUACUUUCUGGAUCAUCUGUAAGACAAUGCACUGCCAAUGGAACAUGGUCUGGAUCCUUGCCAAACUGCACAAUUAUCAGUUGUGGAGAUCCAGGAGUCCCAGCGAAUGGCAUGAGAUAUGGUGAUGAUUAUGUUGUUGGACAAAAUGUUACUUACAUGUGCCAACCUGGUUAUACAAUGGAAUCAAAUAGCUCCGUAAUUCGCACUUGUACUAGCAAUGGCACAUGGAGUGGAGUAAUCCCAACAUGCAAAGCUGUUACCUGCCCAACUCCUCCGCAGAUCUCUAAUGGAAGGUUGGAAGGAACAAACUUGGACUGGGGAUUUAGCAUUAGCUAUGUCUGCUCUCCAGGAUAUGAACUCUCUUUUCCUGCUGUUUUGACUUGCGUUGGGAAUGGAACAUGGAGUGGUGAAGUACCUCAGUGCUUGCCAAAGUUUUGUGGUGACCCUGGAGUACCUGCUCAAGGGAAGAGAGAAGGCAAAAGCUUCAUCUAUCAGUCAGAAGUCUCUUUCAGCUGCAAUCCUCCUUUUAUUUUGGUUGGCUCCAGCACCAGGAUUUGCCAAGCAGAUGGCACGUGGAGUGGUUCUUCUCCUCGAUGUAUUGAACCUACUCGCACAGCAUGUGAAAAUCCAGGAGUCCCAAGGCACGGGUCACAAAACAACACAUUUGGCUAUCAG